GGACUUCCGCCCAUAGAAACAUGUUUUUGUGACGUUUUCUCUGUCGGCCAAUGGGGAAGAGGAGCAGAGUUUCGGUGAAGAAUUUGAACCGAGUCGCGGAAGCAGCGGACAGACAGAGGACGCUUCAAUAUAGCUUGAAACUACCAUCUUUAUGUAGUUUCAGUGUGGUUUAAUUAAAGAAAUCUGUUUUAGCCAACACUUUUUUUUAAUUUAUUUAACCUGUGUUGGCUUUUUUCGGUGGACCGUGACCAUGAGGAGGAGUGAAAUCCAUGCUGCGGAGUCGGUAGAAUGUCUGAAUCGAGCCCUCAACCGGUUGAAGGACAUCUGGGAGGAAAUAGGAAUUCCAGAGGAUCAGAGACUACAAAGGACUGAUGUGGUUAGGAAACAUAUCAAAGGCUUGCUGGACAUGAUGAUUGCUGAGGAGGACAGUCUAAGGAAGAGAUUGAUGAGCAGCAUAGAAUCCUGUCGUAAAGAGCUGGAUGUUCUGUGUACUGAGCUUCAACUAUCCCCAUUUGAGGAGGACGAGGGGAGGACCAUGCUGCAGCUGGAGAAGGACAUCAGGUCACGCCUGGAGGUGAUUAUGAAACAGAAGAGUCAGAGGGUUAAGGAGCUGAAGAGACUGUCCAAGCAGGACCGGGAGCUGUGUGACAUCAUGUGUUCAGUCCCCUUCUGUAUCGACAUGGACAUGGUCCCUUCCCUGGAGCAACUGGACAGCUAUCGCUCUUACCUCAACGAUCUCACUAAAGAGAAGGAUCGUCGCCACGGUGAGUUUGUGGGUAUCAAGCGUCGGAUCAUUGUGUGUAUGGAGGAGCUGGACCAGCUGCCAGACACCAGCUUUGAGAGGGACGUGGUGUGUGAGGACGAGGAGGCCUUCUGUCUAUCCGGCGACAACAUCACAGCUCUCCGACUGCUGCUGGGACAGCUGGAGGAUCGUAAGACCGAGAAUGAGUUGGUGUGUAACUCCUACCGCAGUAAGAUCCAGGAGCUGUGGGAGAGACUGCAGGUCCUCCAGGAGGAACGAGAGGGCAUGUCUGAUCACAUGGUCCAGUCCAGGAAGAGAAACAUGGACGCUUUAGAAGCAGAGUGCCGGCGCCUGGAUGAGCUGAAAAUGAAGAACAUGAAGAAUGUGAUAGAAGCCAUCAGGGCCGAGGUGGCUCUGUUCUGGGAGAGAUGUUUCUACAGCCUGGCGCAGAGACGGGCCUUCACACCCUACUAUGACGUUGACUUCACCGUGGAGCUGCUGAACCUACACGAGGCAGAGCUGCUGAGUCUGAAGAAGCACUACGAGGACCACAGGGAGUUGUUUGAAGGAGUAACCAGGUGGCAAGACAGCUGGACUCUGUUCCUACAACUGGAGAAAAAGGUGACGGAUCCUUCUAGAUUCAACAACCGAGGAGGGAACCUACUCAAAGAGGAGAAGCAGAGGGCCGACCUGCAGAAAAGCCUGCCAAAGUUGGAGAAGAGCCUGAAGACCCAGGUAGAUCUAUGGGAAGAGGAGCAGUACAGAGAGUUCCUGGUUAAUGGACAGAGGUUUCUCCACUAUGUACAGGAGCAGUGGGAACUACUGUGGCUGGAGAAGGAGAGAGGGAAGAAUGAGAGGCAACUGAAGAAGAACCAGCAGAUUGAACAUGACCUGCUGUAUGGUACUGCUCAACGAACCCCCUCCAAAAGACGCCUUGCAGGGACACCUACUCCUGGCAAAGCAAGAAAGCUCAAUGCCACUAGCAGUAUCUACGGCUCUACUCCUAACAGCACCUUACGUUCUGCCUUCGGAGGAACCUUGUGUCAGUCUCCGGUCCUCAGACUACCCAUGUCUGCCAGCAAGCUUCCUCUGAGGACCCCAAGUUGUGUUGGAAGAACCCUCCGUACGGUGGAGAGGAACAAAGAGAACAUCUCCCACCUGAACGGACCGGCUCUGAGCGGUUAUCACCUACCCAACCAACCAAUCAUCGACCCAGCAACACACAAGCCAAUCAAAGAUGAGUGGCGAUGUCUUUCUGUGUGUCCAGUGAGAGAAUAGCACCGGGUUUUCUAUUCAACAGUCUGUAACAGAGUGGUAAUAUGUCUAUGUGAAAGCUUAGCAUGCUAUCGUGGACACCUGGACUAGACUGUUCCUUUCCUCUGUGACCAUUUUAAAAAUGUAUUUAACUGGGCAAGUCCGUUUUUAAGAACAAAUUCGUAUUUACAAUGGUGGCCUCUGGGACUCCCAAUCACGGCCGGUUGUGAUACAGCGUGGAAUCAAACCAGGGUCUGUAGUGACGCCUCUAGCACUGAGAUGCAGUGCCUUAGACUACUGCGGCACUCAGGAGACCCCCAUCUAACUCUACAUUCUAUUUUAGAAGGAUUUUUGUCAACAUUGAAUCCACCUCUAUUGCCAGGUCUGAAUGAAGGAACGUUUUAUUGAAACUCCAUAACAGUGAGGCUCAACAUGCUAAAUGGCUAACCAAGAGUGCAACAGAGCCUGGUCUGGUUCGGUUGGCCUAACCGUCUUGUGAGGAGCAAUUUUUACAAUUUAUUGAAGACCAAACAAACACUUUGUUGAACUGGACUGGGUGGUUGGGGGGGGUCUGUUUUAAUAUGGCCUCACAUUUAUUCAAUAUCCCCCCCCCACACCUCACCAAAUGUGAUCAGUAGAUAGACCCCAUAAGAGUGUUCCAAACCUCUCAGCCAAUAACGGCUAGUUUUUGGAUUCCCCACUCAGACAACUCCCAGACAGUCCUGGCAAAAUUCUUGCUUGUGAAAUUGCUCUUUGCGAAGAAGCUAUUUUUUGUUUUCUUUUUGACAAUUUUUAAUUGAAAAACAAUAACAUUAAGGGACUUUAUUGUUAACUAGAAAUGAUUUUAUAUUCAGGUGAAACGGCUGCAAUAGACUAUGUUUAAACCAUUGUCACCCAUCCAUGUUUGUUCAAUGUCUUCUAUCCUCUUUAACAUUAAUCUGCUGGCUUUUGUUCUACACACACUUUAUGGGAAGUUUCAUUUUAUCACUUUGGUGUAAUUUUCACGACUCAAACAGCACAUUAAAACGGCUCAUGUUUUAACUACGCA